GCCGCAGCCAACCUGCCAACCAUCCAGCGAGUAAAGUUUCGGUCAGUCGUCUGUGAGAAGCCGUCGUACGUUGAGGCCGGUUGUUUGCUCUCUUUUCUUUCUCUUGCCCAUAUCGUGCGAUAAGAAAAAAUAAAAACCCGCAUCGUAGUACAGAGAGAGAAAGAAAAGAGAGAGAGAGCUGAAACUGGUGAAUCGUCUCGGUGACGCGUGCGCGCACGCGACAUGACGACAACGAGGAGGUGCGUGUAUCGAGGAGUUGUAGUGUAUUAACUCCGCCUGGGAUUAUAUUAGUGCGAGAGAGAUAUUACAGCGUCGAAGAGAACCGCAGCAAAAGGAGACGACACGCGCUGGCUGCUGCUGUUGCUCUCUCACUCCUUUGGGCGUGUGAGAGUCUUCAAGCGCUUGGUAUGCGCGAGCAUUGCCUUUUUUUUUCUGCUCUCCGCUGCUGCUGCCGAAGUUGUUCCUGCUGUAACCUACCCACGACUCUGCUACUGAUCAGGACGAAAGUUGCCAAACUCGCUGCCGCAGUCGUGCGACAACAAGGAAUGGUAAUGACACAAACUGAAGCAACGUCGGACUCGGCAGCAAUCACGUCGUCGUAUCGCGUGUAGCAGACAAACAAAGAAUCUCUCAAACUACGCCAGACAGCGAAAGCCGAAAUGGAUCACCAUCAGCAGAGCAGAAAACAAAUGGCUUCGCCGGAGGUGGCAUUGGCAAGCGAGGUGUUCGAUCAGUUUUGCAAUGCCACCACCCUCAAGUCGAUCCUCGGACACUUUCGACACCUCUGCGAUCUGCUCAAGAUCAAGCCGACCAAUUUCAACCAGUUCUAUCCGAAAUUGAAAUCGAAAUUGCGCUCGUGGAAGGCGCAAGCCUUAUGGAAGAAAUUCGACCAGAGAGCCAAUCACAAGUGUUACAAUCGUGGAAAAGCCUGUCUAAAUACGAGGGUGCUGAUAAUAGGCGGUGGCCCAUGCGGAAUGCGUUCGGCGAUCGAGGCUCAAUUGCUAGGUGCCAAGGUCGUAGUGGUGGAAAAACGCGACCGCAUGUCGCGCAACAACGUGCUCCAUCUCUGGCCGUUCGUCAUCCAAGAUCUACGCGCGUUGGGCGCGAAAAAGUUCUUCGGCAAAUUCUGCGCCGGCUCCAUCGAUCACAUCAGCAUCAGACAGCUCCAGUGCAUAUUGCUGAAGGUCGCUCUCAUACUGGGAGUCGAGUUUCACGAGAACGUCAGUUUCGAAGCGCUUGUGCCGCCGCCCGAUAAUCAGAAUGACGGAAAAAUUGGCUGGCGUGCAAAAACCGAGCCGGCCGAGCAUCCAGUCUCUCAAUACGAAUUCGACGUGUUGAUCGGUGCAGAUGGCAAACGUAAUACGCUCGACGGUUUCAAACGUAAAGAAUUCCGUGGUAAGCUUGCCAUCGCCAUAACUGCCAACUUCAUCAACAAGAAAACCGAAGCGGAAGCACGAGUCGAAGAGAUCAGUGGCGUCGCGUUCAUCUUCAAUCAAAAAUUCUUCAAAGAGUUGUACUCCGAGACUGGCAUCGAUCUCGAAAACAUCGUCUAUUACAAAGACGAGACGCACUAUUUUGUGAUGACUGCGAAGAAGCACAGCCUCAUCGACAAAGGGGUCAUUCUCCAGGAUCACGCGGAUACGGCAAAACUGUUGGCCAAGGAGAAUGUCGAUCGCGAAGCACUGAUGAUGUAUGCGCGCGAAGCUGCUGAAUUUUCUACGGAAUAUCAGAUGAUGGAUAUGGAGUUUGCUGUUAAUCAUUAUGGACAGUCGGAUGUUGCUAUGUUUGAUUUUACGUCUAUGUACGCAGCCGAGAACGCUAGUAGAGUUCUAGAGAGACGUGGACAUCGACUGCUGCAGAUACUCGUCGGUGAUAGUUUACUCGAGCCAUUCUGGCCAACGGGCUCAGGUUGCGCUCGAGGUUUCCUCAGUUCCCUGGAUGCUUGUUGGGCAAUCAAGGGUUGGGGCGGCUUGCACACACCCCUCGAAGUCAUCGCCGAAAGAGAAUCCAUUUACAGGCUUCUUGGCCAAACUACUCCGGAAAACCUCAACAGAGACUAUGCCGCUUAUACUCUGGACCCUCACACAAGGUAUCCGAAUUUGAACGUACGCUCCGUGACUACAAUACAAGUACGAAGUCAACUAGACACCGAUGAUCCGGAAACAUUCAAGUUGUUGCCGGUUCAAGCCACUAUCGAUUUGCCCAAAAAGCGAAGGAGGAAAGAUUCACAGGUUCACCCGGACACAUUGCUGCACUGGUUGCAACGCCAGGUGGCCUUAUAUGAUGGUGUGCGUAUCCAUGAUAUGGGUGAAUCUUUCAAAAGUGGUUUGGCAAUCUCCGCGAUUAUUCAUCGCUACCGGCCAGAUCUCAUCGAUUACCAUGCUCUCAAAAAAGAUGAUCACGUUGUCAAUAAUCAGCUUGCGUUUGAUAUCCUCGAGAAGGAGCUCGGUAUUCCCCCUAUUAUGACAGGAGAAGAAAUGGUGCAAUGCGAUGUGCCAGAUAAGCUGACAAUGUUCUCGUAUCUAACGCAGAUUUACGAGGCGUUUCGUGGAGAAAUACCACAUAUUAAACACCCGAAGCUGGAACCAGAAACUGAGGAUAGGCCUACGUUUUCACAAAAGCUAAACGUACUAACACCCGAACAAAAAGCUCAAUUUUUAAGUCGCAUAGCAAGCAAGGAAGGGUCAGUAGCUACGGCAAGGGCACGAAGAUCGCGACAUGUCAAUGAGAAUUUACCACAGACUGGGGAUAAGAAAUCCGACUCGAUGGCGCGUCGUCACGCGCGCAAACGACGCAGCAACGAGAAAAUGGGUGCUAGCGUGGAUCGUGAGCCAAAGAUGCACGCUGGUCAUAAUCGAGGAAGUAUCGAUGAAGGCUUCUCCGGUAGGAUAAAGAAUAUCGAGGAGAAACUCAAAGGAACUACGUCGACCGACAAGAAACCCAAAGAUUUACUGCGUGCGAUCGGUAAAAUCGAGAAAACCGAUUGGAAUGUUAAAGAAAUCGAAAAGAAAAUCGAAGAGAACAAGAUGGGCCGUGGAGUACGACAUGACAAAGUUGAACGAGUGCCAAAGUGGAGUCGCGAGCAGUUUUUAGCUCGUCAGACGAAAAUGGAAAAGAUGAAGGGUCACGAACCAAUGGAAACGGACAGUAAAUACUCUGAGAUCGAUAAUACAUUGAAGAACAUCGAUCGUAAAAUCAAAGAAGGCAACAUACUUGGUCAAAAUAAAGUGUCAGCGAUGGCUGAGCAAUUUGCCAAUAAGAAUCAAGAUGUUCAAGCUGCCACCGCUGGUCAAGCAGAGCAGCCGAAAGUUCAGAGAUCGAAUUCAAAAGCGACAAUUGCGCUGCCAGCUCAAGGCGGCUCGGAGAUGUGCCAUUUCUGCGACAAACGUGUCUACCUGAUGGAACGCCUCACUGCCGAAGGCAAAUCUUUCCACAGGGGAUGCUUCCGUUGUGAAUAUUGCUCAACCUCGCUUAGAAUAGGAAAUCACACGUUCGAUAGGGAUAAGAAUGGAGGACGUUUCUAUUGCACCCAACACUUUGGACUGCCGGGUACAAUGAAAACUAGAUCCGAUAGAAAGAAACUGCCUCUCACUAAUAAAGAGAAUAUACCUCAAUCGUCAAAUACUCUCAAAACUCCAGAUAAGACUAAAUCGGCACUGGAAGGAAUUUCGGGACUCGAUUUACUCGAUCGCGGUCAGACACCCGAGAGAAUAGAAUUUGAAAAUCUUGCAGGAAUGUCGGAUGCCGAGGAAGCACAAAGUAUCAUGGAUGAGGACGAGUGGACCGAUCGUAAUUUCGGACCCUCUGCCGCUGAAAUGGGUUCUAGUGAUGACAUUUCUGACAUGAGUGAUUCAGAUGACGAUAAUGAAGUAUUUGAAGAGGCGAUCGAUCAACCUCUGACGACCGAAGGAACGCUAGAACUUGCUAAAAAUUGGACUUUGCGAUAUUCGCAUCCACACCCAGCGGCUGGUAAUUCUGACACAGGAAGCAACGAGUACGAGGACUCCAGUGACGAAUAUACAACUUCAGAAGAGGACAGUCAAACAGCAACCGAGGAUGAGGAUGAGGCACGAGCACGAGAGGCACGCAAGAAGGAAGUAUGGCUGAAGGUGCCACCGCUGAUUAGCGACACGGAGACAGGCAGCGAGACCGAGAUAGCAUCGGAUGAGGAAUCAUCGGAAGGCAGCGAAGAGGAGAAUUCAGCUACGGAAAUUUCAACCGAUUCGGAGUUUGAACACGAUGGUACAACACCAACGCAGCACGAGAUUCCAUCGAUCAACGACUCAUACGUGAGAAAAACUCGCGGGGAUUAUGUCGAGCCUAAGAAAGUACAAGUGAAGAGUAAAGUUAUUGGAAAUUCAGUGAACGGCAAUGUAAUGAAGAACGAGCAGAGCAACAAAAAACAGCAACUAUCGAAACAGCAACAGCAAUACUCGAAAUUGAAUGCCUUGAACGAAGCGGCAACGGCAAAGCGUCGCAACGAGAACAACGAGCUUAAUUCUAACGUCAGCACAGCGCAAACGAGCUCGAGAAUUGUCACAACCACACCACUGAUCAACCCACGUAAAGGCGAUUAUUUACUCAACCGUACACAUUCGACCGAGGGUAUCGCUUCCAAAUUAUCACUCGAGUUGAAGAAACGCUACUUGCUCGGCGGUUCGGGAAUCGGUGGUAGUGUGAUGAAGUCUGGUUCGACGUCGAACGUCGAUACGAGAUUGCGAAAUCUCAGCGAUGCAAUAUCUCAGCAUCAAAAGCUCUUGAAUCCAGCACCGGAGCCAAGUCCCACGAUGCAGGCGUUCUUGCAAGGCACAAAUAAGUUGAGGACAAGCGCAAGUGGUACGGGAGUUAACCAACCGCCAUUGUCGCCAAUAUCGCCGUCCACAUUAUUUAGCUCCGCUGCCCCUGUCAAGGCUUUCCAAUUCGAUAGAAAAGUCUCCGCGAACAGUACAGCUGAUUUAAAUGCCAAAAAUGUUCAUCUUCCUGACCUCAUCAAAGAAUCUAGCAACAUGAAAGAAAUCGAAAUCAGAGCUCCGUCCAGGAAGUCAGUAAUAAUCGAGGAAAAGUUAUCGCCGACAAUCGAAACCAAAGAAUCGCCGAAAGAGCCCGAUAUAAUGGAUUUGAAAAUUGAAACUCCGACACCUACCGUAGAAAUGAAAAACAUCGAGGACGCUAUAAUAACGAAAAUUCAAAUCAACGGUGGAGUAGCAAGCGAUCACAACGAGCAAGACGAAGUGAAACCUCGAAGUCCAUUACACGAAACGUCUAUAGUUGUACCUGAAGUUAAUUGGGAGAAGAACAAAAAAGAGUUAGAAAACAGGGAGAAGAUCGAGGACGAAGAAGAUACGAGUAGCGAGGAUUCCGAUGAAAUUGACAGUGAUUCGUUGUCUUCGAGCGAAGAAGCUGACAAUGACAAACCAGCAGUGCCGACGUCCUCACCACCAAGACUUCAAAUUCAUAAUACAGGUGGUUAUUUAUUGCUGGACGAACAAAUCGAACAACAUAAUGAGGAUGGAGCGACUUUCGAACCUGACUCCAUCGAGUGUUCAUAUCUUCUUGAGGAUGCUAACAAAACGGAAACGACUACACCGACGACUCCUACACCGGCCCCUCGGACGAUCAUCAAGGAUAUGGAAUUCGUAAAUAGUAAUCUGAAGCAACUACAACUACAAGAAGAUUCGAGCAAACACAGUGUUUGCAACAGUCCAACAUCACUUGGUUCAAGACCGUCGAGUAAGAACGAUGACUCGGAAGAGAAUGACGUUACUACUGCCGCUUACACAGAGACUGAAUUCUCCGAGUGGGCAAGGGACGGAGAUGAUCUCGUAUCAGAAGAUUUGCGAGACGUAGAGUACGAUAUGAAUCCGGAGUAUCGAGGUAAAGGCAAACGACCAUCUCUCGCACGAAUGGCUAACGGCGAAGAUUUAACAGAUAUCGAGUUGGAUUACUCGCAAGAAGAACUAAAUGCAGAGAAGACAAACGUACCGAGUACAAUAGCUUCGAAAUUACUUGCCAAUGGCGAAGAAGAUAUUGGUUUCAUGGAUACAGAUAAUGAGAGUAUUUUAGAAGAAGAUAGUUUAAAGGAACCAGCCAAAGCGAAGAACAGAGGUUACAUCGAGUUCGUCAACUUCUCCAACAGUCCGAUAAAGACAGCUGCGCCAAUUGCCAAGACUGAACUAGAACAGGAAGAAUCGUCGGAUGCACUGACUCCUUGUAACGAACAAAAUGUUAUUGAAUUCGAUCCGGUGACGAUGGACGACGUAAGAGAUCGGCUCAGACGAUGCGAGAUCAAAGUGACCGAUGACGACGGAAACAUUGAAAAGCCACCAAUCGAAGCUGUCAAUAAAGAUCUGAUGAGUUUAUCGAUGGACGAAGAUAGUUUGCUGAUCGUCGAGCCUCAUGAAGAUACGACUACUAGUGAACUGGUUACUGUACUUGCCAGCCCUUGUAAUCCGAUGGGAGGAGAACUGAGUGGAAAGGAUGAUGAAACACCUAGCGAAACUACCAAGACUCCUGAACUUACAUCCGAAGAUCGAGAAAAGGAGCACGAAGACUCGAACAAUCCAGACUACUUGGAAUACGUAAAACGUCUGCAAUCACGAAUAGCAGAGUUUAGUAAUGUAAAAGAUUCAAUAGACAUUCGCAAAUCAAAACGUAAGGGUUCGAAACCAAAUAGCAGUAGCAACAGUUCUAGUAUGCAAGCUCGCACUGCUGAAAUGGUAGCCGAAGAAAUCAAAGCUCAAGAGGCGGCAUCAAUGAUUAACGGAAUGAACUCGUCGCCAAUGACAUCGAGGCGUAAACUCGAGGAACUGACGCGCGAACGAUCAAAGCAAAAAGAUCUUAUUCAAGAUCUACUGAUGGAGAAACUCGAGGCACAGAAGCAAAAAUCCGCUGAGAAGAAGGCUAAAAGAGCUUUGAGAACCAGCUCAUUUACGGCCUUGAACAGUCCACCAAUUAAAGUACCCGCGGCACCCAAUAGAUUCGUACCUGCGUCCAUCGGUGAUGGUACACCUCAAGGCAGUCCUGUGAGAGUUACGCCGGAAUUUAGACGUGGUUUCUCAUUCUCAGGUUCGUUUUGCGAGAAUCCACUUCCAAUCUAUUAUGCGAGCGUCUGCAUGGUAGAGAGUAACGAGAAGCUGCCUGCUUCGCUUAAUACCCCGACCAAGCUGAGUUCAACCGAAUUGUCACGUAUGCAAUUGGAUUUCAAGACACCCAUAGCACCACCACGAAUAAAGCACGAAGAAGCACGACGAACAGCUGAGAAAGCUCGCCAAGAUGCUCGGGAACGUGCCAGACUGAGAAGCGACGAAGAUUUGGGUCUCAGUCCUGAAGAUCGUAUCAAAGAGCUGCGUUUAAAGGUUGCCAGGAGACAAUUGAAGUCGGAAACGGAUGAAGAAGUGUCUAAAACUGCGAAGCGAUACAGUUUUGGUUUGGGUCGAUUGCAGACUAGCAAGAGUACCGAUAACGUCAAGUCUAUGGCGAUGAAGCAGCGAGCAGUUAAUAAUCCAACUAGUCCGGAAGCUAAAAGUCUCGAUGAGUUGCUUGAUCCUAAAGACGAAGUCGUCGUUAGAAAGAGGGAUAAGAAGAAGUCGAAGGAUCCCGAGAGAAGAAAGAGUAUUAUUCAAGCUGUGUCGGAUUUCUUCAAAAAAAAAGAUUCGCUCUCGCCACCGUCAGGUGGCAAAGAUAACAGACUGUCCAUGUUUCGACUGACACCGAAAUCUAAGGAGAAGGGAAAGUUGUUUAAGUCAUAUUCGGAUGGGUCAGAUCUCGACAAAACCAAUCCACAGAUCGAUAAAAGACCGAAGAGCGUCUGCGAAGGUAUGUUGAACGUGGGUAGCUUCUUCAUUGAGAGUCCACCGCCAGUGCCUCCUCCCCCCCUCAACUACACGAUGCCAACUACUGUAUCUGACGAUAGUUUGUCCGAUGAGGAAUCGAAAACCCAAGCGCUAUCAACAUCACAAAUGAACAAAACGUCCAAUACUCCCGACGGUUCGUGUAAUAGCAUUCCGCGUAAAUUGAAAACUGCCAAACGCAUUGCCAGACAAGCGCAACUCAAGAGAUUAAGAAUGGCUCAAGAAAUUCAAAGGAAACUAGAGGAAACCGAGGUUAAACAGAGGGAAUUAGAGGGUAGAGGCGUCAGCGUUGAAAAAGCUUUGAGAGGAGAAGGAGAGUGUUCCGAUCGUGAAGAAACCGAUUUACUACGCGAAUGGUUCGAUCUGAUGCGCGAAAGAACAGAACUGCGCAGAUACGAGAAAGAGUUGUUAGUGAGGGCCCAAGAAGUCCAACUAGAAGAUCGUCACGAACGAUUGCAGCAAGAACUGCGCGAAAGAUUAGCGGAUGACGAUGAGAAGAAAACAGGGGCCGACGUUAAGAAGGAAGGCGAGAUCCUAACAGAAAUGUUAGAGAUUGUAGCGAGACGCGACUCACUGAUCGCUUUGCUGGAGGAAGAGCGUCAAAGGUGGCGUAGACCCUCCUGCCCGACAUUCGUUUUUAAUGCACCCUACAAUCUCACUACAACCACGCGGCUAUCCUACACCUACAUUAUCGUUGCUCUUCUAGUCGCAUACUGUCUUUCAUACUUUAUCACUGAUUUCUUUUUCUCCGCAAACAAUAACUUCUUUUGAUACUAUAAACGCUUGCGUACUGUGCUAAUAUCUUGUGUGCAAUUAUUGACCUCAUUUUUUAACGAGUAUGUGAUACACUGUUGUUUUAACUUAUUAUCUUUUACUUGAGUUGUAUUCGCACGGCACGCGAUGGGCGUUGUCUUGUUACUUUUUAUCGCAAAAUUUGAUAUUAUGCAUAGCUUCAUUUCUCACCGUUUGCUCUAAUGUGUGACUUUAUUUUUUUAAACAUUUUGUUAUUUUAAUCACUACAUCUAAUGAUAUAUACGCUUAUACUUUACACUAAUUAGCAAAUCAAUAUAUACUAAUAAAUAUGAGGCUUUUAAAAAGAGCCUUUGCGUAUUUGCACGUGUGGUUGCAUGGUUCAACUUACUUAUUAGAUUAAAAUCAAAAGCAUUUUAAUUGUAUAAAAUAUACUUAGUAUUAAGAUAUAACAUAAAUAAUUACGCGAAAUAUAAGCGAGAUUUUAUCAACUGUGAUAUAUAUGAAUCUAUAUGCAAUGCUUAUUUCAUAUUUAAUAGCAAUUUUUUGCGCAUAUAAUGAAUUGUAUAAUAAUGCUUUUUUGCGAGACUAUAGUAUUUUUAAAAACGCUAAACCACUCUAGAGUAGACGUUUCUUAAUCGCAUUCAAAAUUCUGAGAAGUAUAUUUAAAAAAAACAUCUAUUUAACUAUAUUUUUUUUUAUUUUGUCUACAAAUAAGCCUGCUCCCUUUGCUUAAAUUAUAUAGAAAAGAAUUAAAAUACAUUUUUUGGGAAGUCAUCUCGUACAUCUGCUUUAUAUUGAUUCACAACUUUCUGUACAUGUUAUCCAAUCAUCAAAAAACAUACACAUAAGUAUCAACGUCUUGAGAUACCAAAAGAAAAAAAAAAGAUUAUCCUCGAUCAUUUUGAAAAAAUGAACCUUUCGGGCAGAGGGUACUAGGGCAUACGCACGGCUUCGCUUACUUUUGCACGUGUCUGUGCAGUUGUACUUGAGAGACCCACUGGUAUCAAGAUGAAGAUCGGGAUCUCGAGGCACAGAUGUUAUCGAAAGGCCUACAAUUGACACCCUUGAACAAACGUGGCUCUAAGUAUUCUGUUUAGUAUUCCAAACAGUAUUGCGUAUAAAAUGGUUUUACAUCAUAUACAUAGACGACUGAGGAUUAACAAGAGCUGACCCUUUUUUUUCAAUUUCAUAAUUUAUGAAAAUUUCGCACUUUGGAAUUACGUAAGAUGAAUUUAAAAAAAAAUGAUAGCUAAUUUUAGCUUCUAAAAAAUGAAUUAAUGUUCUUUACACAGGGCACUAAAAUAUAUGGUACUAUAAUUAAAUAUGAUACCAAUGAAUGAUAGGUUUGGAAGUAACGAAAGAUAAAGAGAGAUAAACAUAUUUUUGAUGAGUGAAAUGUAGGGACGUGAAUGUAAAAUGCGUGAAAUGUAUAUUCUGUGAAUUGAAUAACAUAACAAGUCUAUUUUUAUGUUCGCGAAGAGACUGGAGUUGUAGUUUAAAAGCUAAAAAAGAAUAUUGAUUGUUGUAGAAUGUAGUUAACAUUGUAUAGUCAAUUUUGUACGCAAACGAUAAUUAUGUUUCUUCUUAAAUUUAAACAAACGAACGAUAAUCAACUAUUCAUGUAUCCUAAAAAUGUAUUUUUAAUGUUUUCUUUAAAGACAUCAGGUAAGACUUUAAUUCAUUACUUUUGAUAUGAACUGCUAGAUUUGAAGAAAGUCUAAUGUAGAAUCAAAAAAUGAAGUGUUAUAAAGAGAUACGCAUCAAAAGGAUUGGAAAUAAUGAAAUAUUUCAAAUCUAAAUUGAAGCCUUAAGAAAAGCAAUUGAUAUUGUCCGAUAACAAUAUAAUUGUUUUGUAAUAGUUUUGAUAUUUUUGUUAUAUAAAACUUUUCGAUUUGUAUAACAAUUUUCAUCGUGAUUUUUUAAAAAGAGAGAUGCAAUUUUUUAUCGCACGCUGCCAUCCUUUAUCUCGGUGUGGAUUCUAAUUUAAUCUGAGUGUAUAAAAUCGGUGAUAAUUGGGAAUUUAAGAGUUACGUGUCUUAUAUACGUCUUUUAACGUAGUUAAAAAUGUCAAUGUAUUGUCAAGUGAAACUUUAAUGGAUCACUGUUUUAAAAGCGCUAAAUAACUAGUUGCAGAAUAACUUGAUCUAAUAAACUCAAAUAUUUUGUAUUUGUAAACGUUUAAGGGAUACUUGCAACAAAAAAUAAAUAAAUGAUAAUGUGACUUAAUCAUGUAUACUGAAAAUUGACAAUUAUAGAGGCAGUGAUUGAUAUUUUAUUAUUUCUUAACAUUUAUCGAUAAAUGAAACCUAGUCGAAUGGAAAAGUCAUAAUAAUUAUUCUUAUCAAAGUUGGAAUGGAAUAAUAAUAUUCCUGGCCCGUGGAAAUCAGUGUAAAAUUUGUUAAAGAAUAAUUAGAUGUUGAUAAUAUUGAAAUCGAUGUUAAAGAUUCAAUGAUUUUUUUAUUAAUUUUUUUAUAUGGAAUCAAGGGCACGAUUUUGUAUAUAUUUCUGUUUUUUUUUAAUUAUGUGAAUUUAAGUCUUGUAUGAUUUGUACAAAUGUAACGAUUAAUAUUGCAGUCAAAAAAAGCAAUUGUGGAAUUUGUAAGUGCUAAGUUGCGAUUGAAUGUAACUGUCAAGACUACUAACAUGACAUGAGCAGCCAAAUAUUUUACUUAUGUUGUCUACCACUGCGCUGAUUUGAA